ACUUUGGGUUCCUCAGAGAGGAGGGGCUGGAGCCCUGGCCCUUGUUAGGACAAUGAUGCUCAGGCUGCUGCUCUUGGCUCUCAACUUCUUCCCCUCGAUUCAAGUAACAGAAAACAAGAUAUUGGUGAAGCAGUCACCCAUGAUUGUGGUAUACAACAAUGAGGUCAACCUUAGCUGCAAGUACACCUACAACCUCUUCUCAAAGGAGUUCCGGGCAUCCCUUUAUAAGGGCGUGGAUAGUGCUGUGGAAGUCUGUGUUGUGAAUGGGAAUUUCUCCCAUCAACUUCAGUUUCACUCACAUACAGGGUUCAACUGUGAUGGGAAAUUGGGCAACGAAACAGUGACUUUUUAUCUCCGGAAUUUGUAUGUUAACCAAACAGAUAUUUAUUUCUGCAAAAUUGAGGUUAUGUAUCCUCCUCCUUACUUAGACAAUGAGAAGAGCAAUGGAACCAUUAUCCAUGUGAAAGAGAAAAAUAUCUGUCCUGGUGUCCCAUCUCCUGAGUCUCCUAAGCCCUUUUGGGCACUGGUGGUGCUUAGUGGAGUCCUGGGUAUCUAUAGCUUGCUAUCAACAAUGCUCCUUUGUUAUUUCUGGAUGAAGCGUCAAAGAACCAGGCUUCUUCAGAGUGACUACAUGAACAUGACUCCCCGGAGGCCAGGGCCCACCCGCAAACACUUCCAACCCUACGCCCCAGCACGAGACUUUGCAGCCUACCGCCCCUGACAAGGACGCCUAUCCAGAAGCCAGCCGGCUGGCACUCCACCCACUCAACAUCAAUGCUCUGGAUAGGAAAGGACCGACUUAUUUUCAGCCGGCUUCCUCGAGCCCCUGUUGGGCCACUAAUACCAAUUUUUCUUGAGACUGUGGAUGAAAUACCAAGAUCAUAUUGAGACUCAGUUAAAGAAAUUUCCUUUGGCAGGCUAGGUCUUGCAGGGCCAUGACCCAAAUUCAAAUUUAUCAUGUAUUUAUUGACUUGAUUGAGGAGUUAGAGUAGAAAACAAAAGUGAGUGGAUUCUGGGAGCUUUUGGACUCUGUUUCCAGGCUGUUGGGCUAAGCCCUGUUCCCUUCUCACUCACCUGUGUAUUUCAGUCAAGCAAAGUGUGAUAUCCAGCGCUGUUUUAGAUGGAGAAGAAAGGCUAGAAAACAUUCCCUUUUAAAAUGGGUGUUUAGCCCUGCACAAAACUCAACUCAAAGUGGAACAAGGACCUAGGCAUUAAACCAGAGACCCUGUGCCUAAUAGAAGAAAAAGUAGACCUGAGUCUCCAUCAUGUCAGCUUAGGCACUGACUUCCUCAACAAGACUCCUAAAGCAUAAGAAGUAAAAUCAAGGAUCAAUAAAUGGGAUGGAAUUAAACUAAAAGGCUUCUUCACAGCAAAGGAAACAAUCAAGAAUGUGAAAAAGAGCCUUCAGGAAAUCUUUCUCACCUGUACCUCAGAGCAUUAAUCUCCAGGAUAUACAAAGAGCUCAAAAACUUAACGCCAAAAAAAACAAAUAACCUAAUCAACAAAUGGGUGAAGGAACUGAAUAGGCACUUCAUAGAAGAAGAAGUACAAAU